AUGGACUUCAUAGUCCGAUUUACACAGUCGCACGAGACAUUCCGGAUACCAGAGAUCGAAGCUCUGGCCAUUGUGGAGGGCGUAGAUCUCAAAGUCAAAGAAUACAGACCAGAAUCCCCCUACUGCAUCGUCACCCUCCCCUCAGAAGACGCCGCCAAGCGCCUCGUCCAGCGCUCCAUCCUCGUCCAGGCCAUCUACGAGCACUGGGCCGACGCCACCACCCUCGCCGAUCUGCAGGACCAAAUCCGCGCGGGCCAGAAGCACCUGCUCCCGCGCUACCAGACGUGCUCCUUCAAAUUCAACUUCGACUCCUUCCAGGGCACCCGCCAGCAGGACGCCAAGGUCGCCAUCAUCAACUCCUUCGCCUUCCUCGCCUUCAAGGGCCCCAUCGCCCUCCGCAACCCCGACGAGGAGUUCGCCGUGCUGGAGGAAUGGAGCCUGGGGAGCACCGCCCUCGGCGUCGCUGACCCCGCGCGCCUGUACUUUGGCCGUGUCGUCGGCGCCGGCGCCAGGGACCUCGCCACCGUCUAUACCCUCAAGAAGAGGGGGUACAUCAGCACCACCUCCAUGGACUCGGAGCUCGCCCUCGUCACCGCCAACGUCGCCCUCGCCGGCCCCGGUAAGCUCUUUUACGACCCGUUUGUCGGCACCGGUAGCUUUCCCGUCGCCUGCUCCCAUUUCGGCGCCUUGUCCUUUGGCAGCGAUAUUGACGGCCGGGCUAUCCGCGGCCAGGGGAAGCAAAAGAGCGUCAAGGGAAAUUUUGAUCAGUACGGUAUAAAGUAUCUCCUCGGCGGCAUGUUCGUCGCUGAUCUCACUAAUACACCCGUCCGGAUCUCUCCCGAUCGCCGUAUAUUCGACGGAAUCGUGUGCGAUCCUCCUUACGGCGUGCGGGAAGGACUCAAGGUGCUCGGGUGCAGGGAUCCUGAAAAGAUGCCCUGGUCUAUCGAGGCUGGUAAGGAGCGGUCACACUUACCCGACUACAUCCCGCCAAAGAAGCCUUACAGCUUCGUCGCUAUGCUCGACGACAUUCUCGCAUUUUCCGCUGCCACCAUCGUAGACAACGGCCGUCUUGCCUUUUGGAUGCCCACCGCCAACGACGAGGCUGAGGAGAUCAAGGUGCCGACUCACCCAUGCCUCGAGGUAGUUGCCGUCAGCACGCAAGAGUUCAACAAAUGGAUUCUUGACCAAACAGGGUCAAGAAAGCUCAUCGCGUACCGACGGAUUCCGGAUGCCGAAGUUAGUCGGGACUCCCUCGAGGCCUACAUGAACCGGCAAAAACUGAAGGUGGAAGUGAAGGUCAACGUCUAA